CACAGCUAAACAGAAGCGUUUCGCUAGUCGAACGAUCUGAACGAAAAAUACCAAAUAUAUACGAAAAAGGAACUAUAUACCAACACAAACAUACCAAAAAUGUCUGCUGCAAAUAAAGUGAAUUACUUGGUCGGCGCUACGUCGCGUUACAUUGCCGGACGCCACGCCGUGCAGACGGUCUACUGGCGCACCUCCUCCGGACCCGAUUCCCGCAUGCUGAAGACGAAGAAGACCUGCGAGUUCGAUCGCAGCUCCAAGGCGCCGCAAAGCGUGCGAAUGCAGCGAUACAAUCGCAGCUUCAUCAACAAGGAAUAGCAAAACCCGCCACGAACAAAACUUAUAUAGUUCCUACAUUGUAUAUAUAUUUCGAUUAAGGUAUAUUUAUUCAACAACAAAAAAGAAAAGAAAAAAAAAGCAAGAACACAAAUGAAAUAAACUUAGAAUUAAGCUGAAAAACUAAAUAGUCAUUCGCUUACGUUAUUUGAGAACUGCUGAUAGGAUUGCUUAUAUGCGUCAUCGAGGCGAGACUUUGAGCAUGGGUUCAAAGCAUGUCGAGCGAAUGGCAUGAUUGGAGGAGCUGUGUCAACGCCUCUGGCACAGUUAGAUAGCGUGUGAGUGGGCCAGAGUGUAGAGCGCAACUGUACUUUUUUUUUUAGAGUACCGAGAAAUUGCCUUUGUAGUACCUGAACUGCUUAUAUGGAGCUGUUGUUGAAGAUUGAGGUGAGUGCUAUUCAGCUUUGACAAUAUAUUACUGAGUCUAUCGUAGUACUCUAUGUAGUCUAUAUAUUAUAUCAGGAAUAUAUGUGCUAUAUACUGACUUGAAGUAUCUGAUAUAUUCUCGUUGAACUCUAUCUACACAGCUAUAACGAAGCUCUACUCGUUCCGGAUAAGUACACAAACCUCUCCGAUCUCCGAACCCACAAUCGAGCGAGAGUCAGACAAUAAAAAUUGAGUUACAAACUUUUUUUGUUUUUGUUUUGUAUGUCAGCAAAAAUGUUCAAAUAUAUAUAAUUGUAUAUAUAUAUGUAUA